UUCAAACCUCCAAGGCUGCGGGCCGCAAGCAUUCCAUACUUUUAUCCGCCAACACUCCCCAUCCGCGCUCUCAUAGCAACAGGCGGCCCAUCGAUCCCUAGAGAGAUUCUAUAUAUUAAUUCUCUGUAUUACUCCAACCAACACCAUCUCUGCCAGCCUCUUCACGGCGCGUUCUCGUCCCGAUCCUCGUCCUCAGCCUUGCUGCGAUUUCUCGGUUUAGGCAUCGCCUCACCAUCCCUUCCUCGGAUGGAAGGCGGAGCUGCGUCUCGCGGACGCCGAUAAUGCAGCCAUGUCGGGAACCACUAUUGACGAUGUCGUGAAGCGACUUAGCACCCCGGAAUUAGAUGCUCGGCUGAAGGUGGAAGCGGCGACCACCUUGCGCGACAGCCUGGACGCUUACACCAAUGGCCCUAUCUACGAACCCUUUUUGAAACGCUUGAUGCCCAUAUUCAUAAACAUCUUACGCGGGCCAUGCAUCUUUCAAAGUAGUUCUCCGGAGCAGAAACUCCGAAAUUGCAUCCUGGAGGUGCUACACCGGCUGCCAACCGCCAUGUCCCCCACCGAACCGUUCAGACCAUAUGCCGAAGAGAUUGUCGAUUUACUUAUGCAGCUGGUUCGCAUCGACAAUGAAGACAAUGCCACACUAUGCGUCAAAAUCACGUCCGAUAUUAUGCGCCACCAACAUCAAGUUUUGCAGAACAAGGUCCAGCCUUUCCUCUCGUUGAUCCAGGAGCUCUUCGAUCAGAUGGAAAAAGUCGUCAAGGAACAAUUAGAUAAUGCGUCUCUCGCUCCGAACCCCCAGCCCGGUGCACCGUCAACACCGGGAAGCACGCACGCCAAUUUCCAAUCUCCCCGACCAGGCUCUCCUGCAGCUUCAGUGCCGGAGCUGGGUGCCGAUCCCCAGCAACAGAACCGACCGCUUCUCAAAGGAAUGCAAUCCUUCAAAGUCCUUUCCGAGUGUCCCAUCAUUGUCGUUUCAAUUUUCCAGAUAUACCGCAGCACAGUUCAGGUCAAUGUCCCCAAAUUUGUUCCGCUCAUCAAGGGCUUCCUCUCUCUUCAAGCAAGCGCUCAGAAACAGGCCCACGAAGAUGCUGCUGCCAGAGGCGAUAUACACACAGGAGUGAGUGCGGGUAUUAAGAAUCGGGCCGCUUUUGGCGAUUUUAUCACGGCGCAGAUCAAGACCAUGAGCUUCCUGGCCUACCUCCUCCGCCAGUACGCUUCACAGCUGAAAGACUUUCUUCACUUAUUGCCCGAUAUAGUGAUUCGACUACUUAAAGACUGCCCGCGAGAGAAGUCGGGUACGCGAAAGGAGCUUCUCAUUGCUAUCAGGCAUAUCAUCAAUUACAACUUUCGAAAGAUUUUUCUCCCCAAAAUCGAUGCGCUUUUGGACGAACGCACGCUAACUGGAGAUGGCUUGACGGUUUACGAAACGAUGAGGCCGCUAGCAUAUAGCAUGUUGGCUGACCUGAUUCACCAUGUCCGCGACUCAUUGACUCCGGAGCAGAUUCGCAAAACCGUCGAAGUAUAUACCCGGAAUCUUCAAGACAACUUCCCUGGAACUAGCUUUCAGACCAUGAGCGCGAAACUUCUGCUGAACAUGGCUGAAUGCAUCGCGAAGCUUCCCAACAAGGUGGACGCAAGACACUACUUGAUGAUGAUCCUCAACGCCAUUGGUGACAAAUUUGCUGCCAUGAAUCGACAGUACCCGAACGCUGUGAAGCUUUCCAAGCUAUACCACCAACAGGCCGAGGCUGGCGCGCCUGAAUCAUAUCUUGCUGAUAAGGAGACACCGCCCGACUGGGACGAAACCGAUAUCUUCUCUGCAGUACCCAUCAAGAUUUCGAACCCCCGGGAUCGAGGAGCUGACCCAGUCGGAGACAACAAAUUCCUGUUUAGAAAUUUGAUGAAUGGGCUGAAGAACACGUUCUACCAAUUAAGAACUUGCAACAUCGGCACUCCCAUCGACCCCCAAAACGCACCACCACACUGGCAAGAAGUCGCUUACGGCUUUACGGCAGAGGAAGUAAACGUAAUCGUCAAAUUGUUUCGGGAGGGUGCAUAUGUUUUCAGAUACUACGAAAUCGAAAGCCCCGCCACAGAGAAUCAGUAUGUAUCACCAGUUGAGUACAUGGCCAAUUUCUACAUGGUCUCAAGCAGUAAGGAAGAGAAAGAUCUGCUGGAAACGUUUGCUACCGUUUUCCAUUGUAUCGACCCGGCUACCUUUCACGAAGUAUUCCAGCAGGAGAUCCCGCAUCUUUAUGAUAUGAUCUUUGAGCACACGGCCCUCUUGCAUAUACCCCAGUUCUUCCUUGCGAGUGAGGCGACGUCGCCUAGCUUUUGCGGUAUGCUUUUGCAAUUUCUUAUGGAGAGAAUCGACGAAGUCGGCUCAGCAGACGUCAAGAAAUCCUCCAUCUUGCUGCGGCUCUUCAAGCUGGCCUUUAUGGCUGUCACCUUGUUUGCGACACAGAAUGAACAAGUUUUGCUACCUCAUGUCGUCAACAUUGUGACAAAAUCGAUAGAGUUGUCGACAAAAGCGGAGGAGCCUAUGAACUACUUCCUUCUUCUGCGUUCUCUUUUCAGGAGCAUUGGCGGCGGUAAAUUCGAACAGCUCUACAAGCAAAUUCUACCUUUGCUCGAGAUGCUCCUGGAUGUUCUUAAUAACCUUCUCAUGGCCGCGCGAAAACCAUCAGAGCGAGAUCUGUAUGUUGAAUUGUGCCUUACCGUGCCGGCGCGACUGAGCCAUUUGCUGCCGCACUUGAGCUUUCUCAUGCGUCCAUUGGUUGUUGCUCUUCGGGCCGGGACCGACCUUGUAGGGCAAGGACUUCGUACGCUGGAGCUCUGCGUCGACAAUCUCACAGCCGACUACCUCGAUCCGAUCAUGGCACCAGUAAUCGACGAGCUCAUGACCGCCUUAUUCGAUCAUCUGAAGCCUCAUCCUUAUAGCCAUUUCCAUGCGCAUACGACCAUGCGGAUUUUGGGAAAACUUGGAGGCAGAAACCGCAAGUUCAUGACGGGUGCUGUUCCUCUUGCUUAUACCAGCUAUGCCGAUGAUCCUUCGAGUUUUGAUUUACGGCUUAUUGGUUCCAAGAAGGACAGAGCAUUCCCGGCCGAACUUGGUAUCGAUUUUGCUAUUCAAAAGCUGAUGGAUAUACCCAGGAACAACAAGAAUAGCCAAAAUCGACAGUAUGAUGAUUACUACAAGAAGCAGGCUAUCCAUUUCAUCAAAGCUCAGCUGAAGCUGCGCAUCGGCUUUGAUCAACUGCCUGAUGAUUUCCCAAAGAUUGUUAGACUCCAGGCACAAGAUUUUCUGAAUCGCAAUAUGGAUAUCAAUUUCGCGCCCUUCGAAAUUUCAAGCCGUGAAAAGUCUAUUCCCAAAAAGGAUGAAGAGGAUAAAAUAACCAAGAAACUGCUCAAGGCAGUCAUGUUUUCGCAAUCAAUACCGGAUGUUAAAACCGAGUCUAACGCUUUCCUCCUUGACGUUUGCCGACAUUUCGUCCUUAUCGAAGUUGGUCGAUCCUUGAUCGACCUGAAGCGAAACUAUAGCCCCUUUGAUCCCAAAGCAGGCGAAGGCCCACUGACGAUCGAUACUCGUGUCCUAUCAGACGCCAUUGUUGAGUCUCUAGCAUCUGACCACCCCGAUGUCCGCGAAGCAGCGCAACAGGCGAUCCGAGAGCUUUAUAGCUGCACAGCCCUUAUUUUUGGCUCAGAUGUCAAUGUUGGCCGGCUUCAGUUGUUCAACCACCUAAGUAACACAUUCUGUCAUAGCUGCUACGAGGAGGAAUGGUUUACAAAGACAGGAGGAAGUCUUGGUAUUAAUUUCUUGCUUACGGAGCUUGACCUUGGCGAUGCUUGGGUCGCAUCAAAACAAACCGAAUUCAUUCGUGCUCUCAUGUAUGUCAUUAAAGACAUGCCCCUAGAUCUCCCUGAGAAGACGAGGUGUCUUGCCCAGACCAGCCUUGAAGUUUUGCUUCGGCGAAUCACCAAGGACAUCAAGAAAGCGGAUGCCCUGCCAGUCCAACAGCAACCAGGCCAACCGCAGGUUAAGCAGCCCCGCUUGGCCCAAAUUUGCAUGCAGUUCAAUAAUGAACUUUCACAUAUGAAUAAGUUUGUCCGUGAGACUGCCAAGAACUCGUUGGAGCUCAUUGCGAAAGCCGCUGGUUGUGAGGUGUGGGAACUAGUCGAGCCAUACAAGGAUAGGUUUCUUCAGCCCAUAUACGCCAAGCCCCUUCGUGCUCUCCCUUUCCCUAUCCAGAUCGGAUACAUCAACGCUAUGACCUACCAUAUGAGCCUGAAAAACGAUUGGGUUACUUUUGAUGAGAAUCUCAACCGCCUGCUGAUGGAGUCUCUUGCAUUGGCUGAUGCCAACGACGAGUCCUUGGCCAACAAACCUGCCGAGUUCAGAACGCAUGAGCACAUCGUCAACCUACGAGUUUCCUGCAUCAAGCUUCUUUCCACUGCAAUGACAUUUGACGAAUUUGCGAACAACCCUACUAAAGGCAAGAUACUUUCCGUAUUUUUCAAGUGUCUCUAUUCCGAGUCGAAGCCUACGAUUGCAGCGGCAAACGACGCCCUGAAGUCAGUGCUGGCUGUUGAUAGACGCUUGCCGAAAGAUUUGCUCCAAAGCGGUUUACGCCCUGUUCUACAGAGUCUAUCAGAUCCCAAAAGGCUUAAUACACACGGGCUUGAUAACCUGUCAAGGCUGCUGAAGCUUCUCACUAGCUACUUUAAAGUAGAGAUUGGUGCCCGUUUGCUUGACCAGAUUGAGUCUAUAGUUGAGCCCAAUGCCUGGCAGCAAAUCUCCUUCACAUUUUUCGAGCAGCAUCCUCAAAUGAAAGUCAUAACCGCUAUUCUCAACAUCUUCCAUCUCCUGCCUUCGCCGGCGGAAGCUUUUAAGGAUCGCCUGAUCGAUUGCUUUCUUGGCCUUGAGGAGCGACUUCGACGAACUCACCAGAGUCCAUUCAGGCUACCGAUGUUUCUCUACUUAAACAGAUACCCCAAGGAAAUUUGGGCAUAUUUACUUGGCAAGUUAGACGAUUUGAAAUAUGGACGACUUCUUGCUCAGGUCCUUCUUCACCCAGAUAGUACGCCACUGAGAGAGACGGCCGUGGAGAAUUUAGAAGGUUUGAUUGGAAAAUGCAACGAGAUUGCCGCGCUGAACAACGACAAAAAAUACAUUGCUAUUGUCAAUACGAUCCACAUUCUGCACUCUAUCGGACAGUUCCCUGCUUCUAGUGGCUGGAUGGAUAAGAAAGAGCAUCUCGCUUGGCUGAAGGCCAUUGGAAAAAACCUCGAAGCCAACAUUCGUGGCUACUCGCUCCCAGCGGCUCUUCGUUUGCCUGGAUACCAAGCGGCCGAGCAGCUCAUGAACAUUCUCGUCAAAUCGCUAGAGAGAUCACCAAAAGACCUGGAUGCCUUGUUUAGUUUGGUAGAGUCAGUUGCUACGGAGGAGCUUCGCUCCACGCAACCGCUGUUCUCAUUCAUCUACGAGAAGAUCAUCGGCAGUGACUCUCUAGAAUUUUGGAAGUCGACGUUCCUUCGCUGUCUUGACGCCUACUCCGGAAAGACUGCCUCAAAUAAGACGAAAUAUUUCCUACUCCAUUAUAUCGUUAAUCCUAUUGUCGCCACAGAUGUUAUGCGGCACUGGAACCAGCCAGAACAAAACCGGGCUCAGAGGCUGAUGGAUCGAUCGAUAAUCGAUGCUGUGAGCGCCAAGAUUUGGAAAGUGCACCCUGAGAUGACGCUUGACGACUCAGCACAACCAGGAAUCGAUCAUAUCCGAUUUGAAGUACUGCAACUAUCCGCAAUGCUAGUUAAAUAUUACCACACGACACUCCAGGAAGCGCGAAAAGAUAUCAUUAAGUUUGGUUGGACUUUUAUUCGCUUGGACGAUGUCAUCAACAAACAUGCGGCAUAUGUAGUGAUAGGAUAUUUCAUUGCCCACUACGAAACGCCUCAAAAAAUUGUCAGCCAGGUAUACAUGUCUUUGUUGAAGACCAACUCUAAUGAAGGCCGGGCUUUAGUCACCCAAGCCCUUGAGCUCAUUGCUCCAGUUCUUCCUAAACGUUGCGGUACGGGUCCAAAUGAACGGAGCACUCAAUGGGCUGUGGCACCGCGCCGCGUAUUGGCCGACGAGGGUCAAAAUAUGCAGCAGAUGACAAGCAUCUUCAACUUUCUCGUGCGACAUCCUGAGCUUUUCUAUGAGGCCAGGGACAAAUACGCCGUCCUCAUCAUCACAUGUCUUAGAAAGGUUGCCGCACCACCGAAUCCUUCUCACGAAAGCAAGAAGCUAGCUUUGAAUAUGAUGUGGCUCAUUUGGACAUGGGAGCAAUGGCGGAUUGAGGGUAAGAAAUCACCUCUCGUAUCAUCAAGAUCGCUGUCUGAGUCACCAACGUCGAGAAAACGGAAGUUGGAUAGCGACCAGCCAACGAUUACGUCGCCAACGUCGGCGAGGCAGACGGCCGCGGUAGAUCGUCCAGAGUAUCAAAUACCACCCCUGUUCCGCCUCAAGAUGGUUAAGUAUUUGGUAGAAUUUAUUGCACAGCUAAAUGAGAGGUAUCAACUGCCUUCUGCCAAACCUCGUGGACCUCCAACCAGUGCUCUUCCAGUAUCUGCACCCAUGACGGAGCUUUGCAAGAAAGCCAUGGCACUCCUCUAUAAUCUCGUGCAGCCUCAAUGCUGGGGAGACCUGGAUCUCGACCUAUUCCCAAAUGUCACCGAUGUCAUCCUAGCUCAUGAAAAGACACAGACAGUUCUCAACGCUGAUCCUUCGGACAAGGAAAAAUAUGACGAAAAAUUCCUUACAAAUAUCAUCAACACGCUGCAAGUUGUCCGCAUAAUUCUGAACUUCAAGUCGGACGAGUGGAUUCAAAGGAGCAUCGCACCUAUCCAAAAGGUUUUGGAGAAGUGCCUGAAGUCUGAAAAUCCGGAGAUUCAGGAUUGCUUGCACCUCUCCAGCAAGGAGUAUGAUGAUGGCCGAGAGCUGAAGUCCACCAUCAGACGCAUUCUUGAUGCCGUACCUGAAGAUACGCCCAUGGAAGAUGCGGAUGCAGAAGGCGAGUCUGAAGUUCAAACAUCUGAAAUCGUUGCCUACCUCUCCCAGAUAGCAACGGAACAGAUGAAUAGCAACCUUUACGUCUCAGGUGUUAAUAUCUUAUGGUCUCUGGGCAAUCGAAAGCCUGCAAUCAUUGAUCAGCACAUUCCUUCGCUUAUGAAGGCUAUGCAAAGCAAACACGCACGAGAGCAUGUGCAGCAUUAUAGUGCUUUGGCAAGCCAAGCAACAGGAGUCCAAAGAAGUCAAGAAGCGAACGGAAAUACUGGAGAACUCUCUGCGUAUGAGCUUGAGAUGCAAACAAAGUUGAUGAUCAAGGAAAUCCAGGUCGUCGCAUUACGAAUGGAGACUCUGGGUGACAAUCGGCGACCCUUUUUGAGCGUUUUAGCAACCCUUGUGGAAAAAUCUAUGCACAUCGAACUCUGCACAGAGAUCCUUGGCAUGGUAGAGGGCUGGGUCUUUAGAUCUGAAGGCACUUGGCCGACUUUGAAGGAAAAAACGGCCGUCUUGCACAAGAUGCUCUCCUUCGAGCACAGACAGGAUCCGACAAUGCUAUCCAAGUUCUUGGAGUUGGUGAUUCGGAUCUACGAGGACCCAAAGAUAACCCGGACGGAGUUAACUGUGCGUAUGGAGCACGCCUUUCUCAUUGGGACACGAGCGGUGGAUGCAGAAAUGCGAAAUCGGUUUAUGGCUAUUUUUGACAAGAGCUUGUCUAAAACAGCUAGCGUUCGCCUCUCAUACGUGUUGACAUCCCAAAAUUGGGACACUCUCGCUGAUUCGUACUGGCUUGCCCAAGCCAACCACCUUUUGCUGGGAGCUGUGGAGAUGAACACAAAUAUACAGCUUCAUGCCGAUGACUUCAAGGUAAUCAGCGCGUCCCAGCUUGCUGGAGUCUAUCCCAAAGACAACACUAGGGAGCUAAACAUGAUGGAGGAUGAAAAAUUUGAUGCUCUCAUGGCUAACCAUCGACGGUUCAUGGCGGAAAUUGGCGAUGUAAAGGUCCGUGAUAUCAUCGAACCGUUGACGCAACUACAACACAUCGACAACCAGCUUGCCCAUCAGCUUUGGGUCGUCGCAUUCCCAAUCUACUGGUCUGCGACUUUGCGUGAUGAGAGGCCUGAGCUUCAACAUGGCAUGGUUUCGCUGUUGACGAAGGACUAUCACAGUCGCCAAAUCGACAAGCGACCAAAUGUCGUACAGUCUUUGAUAGAAGGAGCAGCAAAGACUUGGCCCGAGUGUAGGCUUCCUCCGCAUGUCUUGAAGUUUGAAGCAAAGACGUACGAUGCUUGGUAUACGGCUCUAGUACAGCUUGAGAACGCGGCUAUUAAACCUGGUGGCGACUCGGCUACCGUUCGAGAGAGCAACCUCGAUGCGCUUGUUGAUCUCUACUCGUCUCUACAAGAAGAUGACCUUUUCUAUGGGACUUGGCGUCGUCGUUCACAAUUUGUGGAGACAAACGCUGGCCUUUCUUAUGAACAAAAUGGAAUGUGGGACAAAGCCCAGAAACUUUACGAGGCAGCACAGAUCAAGGCCAGAACUGGCGUGAUCCCGUUCUCUCAAGCCGAGUAUAUGAUUUGGGAAGACCACUGGGUUCUUUGUGCUCAAAAGCUGCAGCAAUGGGAAAUCCUUCAAGAUUUUGCCAAGCACGAAAAUUUCCAAGACUUGCUGCUCGAAUGCGCCUGGCGCAACACGGAUAUGUGGCAGGAUGAGCAGCACCGCGAGGCUCUGGACAAUAUCAUCAAAGGAGUCAUGGAUGCUCCCACCCCACGACGAGCUUUCUUCCAGGCAUUCAUGUCUCUGCUCAAGUUCCACAAUCAACUAGAAGCGGCAACCGAUUUUGCCCGCGUGUGCGACGAAGCCAUACAGCUGUCUAUUAGAAAAUGGCACCAGCUUCCCGUCCGAUUAACCAAUGCCCAUAUUCCCCUGCUUCAAAGCUUCCAACAAUUGGUAGAGCUGCACGACGCCAGUGUCAUCUGUCAGAGCUUAGCCAAUACCAAUGCAACAAACCUCGACGUCAAGUCAGGAGAGCUGAAGCUGCUGCUCGGAGCUUGGCGGGAUCGUCUCCCCAACGUAUGGGACGACAUCACUGCUUGGCAAGACUUGGUUACCUGGAGACAGCAUAUUUUUAACCUUAUCAACCAAACUUAUCUUCAGCUGCUUCCACAGCAAGGCCAGCAAAACGCUGGCGGUGCUUCCUUUGCUUACCGUGGCUUCCACGAGACGGCCUGGAUAAUCAACCGGUUUGCUCAUGUAGCCCGGAAACACAGCUUGCCAGAAGUGUGCAUUAACCAGCUCAGCCGUAUCUAUACCCUUCCAAACAUUGAAAUUCAAGAAGCCUUCUUGAAACUCCGCGAACAAGCCAGGUGUCAUUACGAGAAUCCCGAGGAAUUGAACAGCGGAUUGGAUGUCAUAAACAACACAAACCUGAAUUACUUCAACCCCCAGCAGAAGGCCGAGUUCUACACGUUGAAGGGCAUGUUCCUCGAGAAGCUUAAACACAAAGAGGAAGCUGAUGCGGCUUAUGGUACAGCUUUGUAUUUUGACAUUGGAGCGGCAAAGGCAUGGGCCGAGUGGGGAUACUUCAAUGAUCGAAGGUUUAAGGAGGACCCGGCGGAUUUGAACGCAGCAAGACAGGCACUGACGUCGUACCUGCAAGCAGCCAGCAGUUACAAGAAUGCAAAGUCACGGAAGCUCCUUGCUAGAAUUCUUUGGCUACUGAGUCUAGACGAUUCCAAGGGCUCUAUCGCUGCAGGAUUUGAUGAUUUCAAGGGAGAGACUCCAACAUGGUACUGGAUCACAUUCAUUCCACAGCUGUUGACUGGCCUGGGAUAUAAAGAGGCGCCAAGAGUGUAUCAGAUCCUACUCGGAAUCGCAAAGUCGUACCCACAAGCUCUCUACUUCCAACUCAGGACAAACAGGGAAGAUAUGAUGGCCAUUAAGAAAACUCAGGAAGCCAAAGAAAAGGCGCGACUUCGAGCUCAGUCUGUUACUGCUAACGGCAAAGCUGGCACUUCUCCUGUACAGACGAAACAAGAGGCACCGAAAGCUGAGGGAAGUGCAUCACGACCGGGUACAGCCACCGCGGGCGAGGCAGCUCAGGUCAAAACUGAAAAUGGCGAGGCUAAUGGUACAACAUCGGCGACACCUGCACCCGCAAACGGUGCACAGGGAGGCCAAGAGCAACCGCAGUCUCAAGCCCCGGCCCAAGGCCAGGCGCAAGCUCAGCCAGCGGCCCAAAAUCAGAAGAGACCGCCUUGGGAGCUGACUGAGGAGAUUAUGUCUGUUCUCAAGACAGCAUUCCCCCUGCUAGCGUUGUCAAUGGAGACCAUGGUGGAUCAGAUCCAAAAGCACUUCAAAUGUCCACCGGACGAGGAUGCAUACCGUCUCAUUGUGGCGCUACUCAACGAUGCCCUGACAUACGUUAGUAGGACACCGUCUUCGUUCGCUAAGAGUGUUAAGCUCCCCUCGGCGACAGAAACAAACAUCACCCGAUUUGCCGAAACGAUCUUGCCAAACCACAUCAAGAAGUCGUUUGAAGCCGACUUUGUCGAAGUGAAGCCUACAAUGUACGAGUACAUUCACAAGUUGAGGCGAUGGCGAACAAAGUUUGAAGAGAAGCUGGACCGUAGAAUUGUGCACACCCCUCUGGAAGCGUUCUCUCCUCACUUGAGUGAAUUCCGGUAUCAAAAGUUUGACGAAGUUGAGAUUCCUGGGCAGUAUCUGCAGCAUAAGGACAAGAACCAGGACUUUAUUCGCAUAGAACGGUUCUUACCUAACGUUGAUUUGAUACGAUCUGUCAACGCGUCGUACCGAAGGCUCAAAAUGCGUGGUCAUGAUGGCAGUAUUCACUCUUGGGCUGUCCAACACCCCGCUGCCAGACAUUGCCGACGAGAAGAGAAGAUCUUACAGCUCUUCAGACAUCUCAACCAAACUUUAAGCCGCAAGAAGGAGAGCCGACGACGAGACUUGCAAUUCACUCUGCCACUGAUGGUUCCCUUGGCACCACAUAUAAGAAUUGUGCAAGAGGAUACGUCAUAUAUCACAUUGCAUGGUGUUUACGAAGAUCAUUGCCGCCGCAUGGGCAUGUCUAAAGAUGAACCAGUCUUGUUCACACUGGAGAAGCUCCGAGGGGUUCUUGAGUCUAAGGGAGGACAGUCGAAACCCGAACUGACGCCUACGGCACGCUUGGAAGUAUUCAACGCAAUUCAAGAGAAGUGGGUGCCAUCAACUGUGGCGUUGGAGUAUUUCCAGCAAGCCUUCCCGCAAUUUGCCGAAUUUUGGCUAUUCCGAAGACAGUUUUCAUAUCAACUGUCGGCAUUGACGUUCAUGACCUACAUCUUGUACAUGCAUAACCGAUACCCGGCCAAGAUGAAUAUUGCGCGUGGAUCUGGUAACAUCUGGGGCUCAGAGCUUAUGUCUUUUAUGAGUGCAUCCAAGCCGUUCUUCCACAACCCAGAGCCAGUGCCAUUCCGCCUCACGCCGAACUUGCAGACGCUUAUGGGGCCUCUGGCUAUGGAGGGAAUCUUUGCCUGCUCAGUCAUGGCGAUUGCACGGUGCUUGACGGAACCGGAGCAUGAGCUCGAGCACGCAUUGACUCUGUUUGUCAGGGAUGAAAUGAUGUUCUGGCUGAUGAACAGUCAUAGGAGCGGUAUCAGCGAGAACCAGCUCCGUGACUCGGUUCAGCUAAACAGCGAUUCUAUUGUGAAGCGAGCCAUCAGCUUGGCGCACAACCCUUCGGGCAACUUGCCUGCGAAUCAGACAGUCAUUGACGCGAUCGCUAAGGCUGUAAACCCAAUGAAUCUGGCGCAGUGCGACGCUUUGUGGAUGCCAUAUCUGUAAUAUCUCACAGAAAAUGAAUCUCUGUUAUAAACACAAAAUAGGAAAAAAAAAUGCCUUGUUUUAUUUUUCUCUUCGCCAUUUAGGACUGGAAGGAACAGACUUGGGAGGAGAGAUGAGGGGGUGAGGAAAUGUGUGUAAAAGGGAGGAAUUGCAAAUUUUGGUAUUAUUCCAUUCAGCAAGGCGUUGGACAGGAUGGAGAGGCUCGAGUGUUUUUUUCUUUCUUUCUUCCAUUUUUUUCUUCUUCUCUUCCUUUUUCUUCAUGCUCAUGUUUUCUUAUAAUAAAAAUUAGGAGGACGAGGAAGCGUGCUCAGGUAACGUGUAUUCACGACAAAACUAGAUUUUGCUAAUGAGGGAUGCGGGUACGUUGAAUCGGUUUUUAUGGAUUCAUGAGAGAGCAUAGAAUUGGUAAAUUGCAAAAAGUCUUAAUAUUGAUACCGCC